AUGAAGUACGUUUUGGUGACUGGAGGAGUUGUGAGUGGGCUUGGCAAAGGCGUCACUGCCAGUAGUAUCGGCGUCGUCCUUAAAGCUUGUGGCCUUCGUGUUACCUCCAUUAAAAUCGAUCCAUAUUUGAACACUGACGCUGGUACUAUGUCUCCUUUUGAGCACGGAGAGGUUUUUGUACUCGAUGAUGGUGGAGAGGUUGAUCUUGAUUUGGGAAACUAUGAAAGAUUUCUCGAUGUGACACUAACCAAAGACAACAACAUAACCACUGGCAAGAUUUAUCAGUCUGUUCUUGACAAGGAACGAAGAGGCGACUACCUAGGGACGACUGUUCAGGUUGUUCCACACAUCACAGAUGCGAUCAAGGAUUGGAUUGAGUCAGUCUCUCUGAUUCCUGUUGAUGGAAGAGAAGGCCAAGCUGAUGUUUGUGUUAUUGAGUUGGGAGGGACUGUUGGUGACAUUGAGUCAAUGCCAUUUAUCGAGGCUUUGAGACAAUUGUCAUUCUCAGUUGGACAAGAAAAUUUCUGCCUUAUUCAUGUCAGCUUGAUUCCUGUUAUUGGUGUUGUUGGGGAGCAGAAAACAAAGCCAACCCAACACAGUGUUCGAGAACUAAGGGCUUUGGGAUUGACUCCUCACUUUUUGGCUUGUCGCUCUGCUGAGCCACUAAUGGAAGCUACGAAGGCGAAAUUGUCUCAGUUUUGUCAUGUGCCGGCUGCUAAUAUUCUAAAUAUCCAUGAUGUUCCAAACAUAUGGCAUGUUCCUCUCCUACUCCGAAACCAAAACGCUCAUCACUCGAUUCUUAAUCAUCUGAAUCUAACUAGCGUUGCAACAGCACCUGAUCUCGAUAGCUGGACUACUAUGGCUGAGACUUUUGAUAACUUAACAAAUCAUGUCAACAUUGCUAUGGUUGGAAAGUACGUUGGCUUUACGGAUUCUUAUUUGUCGGUUGUUAAGGCCCUUCUUCAUUCCUGCAUUGCAUGUUCAUUGAAGCCAAAGAUCGAAUGGAUUGCAGCUUCCGAUCUUGAAGACGAAAGUGGAAGAUCGACUCCUGAAGCACAUGCUGCUGCUUGGAAUAUUCUGAGGAGCGCAGAAUGCAUUCUGGUUCCAGGUGGUUUUGGAGAUCGUGGCGUGAGUGGAAUGGUUUUAGCAGCAAAAUACGCUAGAGAGAACAAAAUCCCUUAUCUUGGGAUCUGCUUGGGGAUGCAAAUAGCAGUAAUUGAGUUUGCCAGAUCUGUUCUAAGUAUGGAAAGAGCAAAUAGCACCGAGUUCGAUGCGCAGACACCUGACCCUGUUAUUAUAUUCAUGCCAGAAGGCUCAAGAACGCAUAUGGGAAGUACAAUGAGACUAGGAUCCCGAAGAACGCAUUUACAGAGCCAAGACUCUCUCACCUCAAAACUAUACGGCGACGUUAGUUAUGUGGACGAAAGGCAUAGGCAUCGUUACGAGGUGAAUCCAGAAGUAGCUCAAUCACUUGAAGAAGCUGGUUUAAGACUUGUGGGCAAAGAUGAUUCAGGGAAACGAGUUGAGGUGAUUGAGUUUCCUGAUCAUCCUUUCUAUGUUGGAGUUCAGUUUCAUCCAGAGUUUAAGUCAAGACCCACUAGACCUUCUCCUCUGUUUGUAGGUUUUAUAUUGGCUGCGAGGACCCUUCUUCAGACCCAUUCAAGCAAUUGA